CGGGCGGGCGGGCGAUGGUGCGGCGCGGCGCGCGGACGCGGGCGGCUCGGCGGCGGGCAUGAAGGAGGAUGGAAGGGCAGGACGAGGUGUCGGCGCGGGAGCAGCACUUCCACAGCCAAGUGCGGGAGUCCACGAUAUGUUUCCUUAUUUUUGCCAUUCUCUACGUUGUUUCCUAUUUCAUCAUCACCAGAUACAAGAGAAAAUCAGAUGAACAAGAAGAUGAAGAUGCUAUAGUCAACAGGAUCUCAUUGUUUCUGAGCACCUUCACCCUAGCAGUUUCAGCUGGGACUGUUUUGCUGUUACCCUUCUCAAUCAUCAGCAAUGAAAUCCUGCUUUCUUUUCCCCAAAACUACUAUAUUCAGUGGCUAAAUGGCUCCCUGAUCCAUGGUCUGUGGAAUCUUGCUUCACUCUUUUCCAACCUUUGUUUAUUUGUGUUGAUGCCCUUUGCUUUUUUCUUUCUGGAAUCAGAAGGUUUUGCUGGCCUCAAGAAGGGAAUCCGAGCCCGCAUUCUGGAGACCCUGGUCAUGUUGGUGCUUCUUGCGCUCCUGAUCCUGGGGAUAGUGUGGGUGGCGUCGGCCCUCAUCGACCAAGACGCGGCCAGCAUGGAGUCCUUAUACGAUCUCUGGGAGUUCUACCUGCCCUAUUUAUAUUCCUGUAUAUCAUUGAUGGGAUGUUUGUUACUUCUCUUGUGCACACCGGUCGGUCUCUCCCGCGUGUUCACAGUGAUGGGGCAGUUGCUGGUGAAGCCAACCAUUCUUGAAGACCUGGAUGAGCAAAUUUAUAUCAUUACCCUGGAAGAGGAAGCCCUCCAGAGACGACUGAAUGGGCUGUCGUCAGCGGUGGAAUACAGCAUAAUGGAGUUGAAACAAGAACUUGAUAAUGUAAAGACUCUUAAGGCAAAAUUAGAGAGACGCAAAAAGGCCUCAGCCUGGGAGAGAAACCUGGUGUAUCCCGCUGUUAUGGUUCUCCUCCUCAUUGAGACCUCCAUCUCGGUCCUCUUGGUGGCUUGCAAUAUUCUCUGCCUGUUGGUUGAUGAAACAGCCAUGCCAAAGGGAGCGAGGGGACCUGGAAUAGGAAAUGCCUCUCUCUCCACUUUUGGUUUUAUGGGAGCUGCACUUGAAAUCAUUUUGAUUUUCUAUCUCAUGGUGUCUUCUGUUGUCGGUUUCUAUAGCCUCCGAUUUUUUGAAAACUUUACACCCAAGAAGGACGACACAACCAUGACAAAGAUCAUUGGGAAUUGUGUGUCCGUCCUGAUCUUGAGCUCUGCUUUGCCGGUGAUGUCGAGAACACUGGGAAUCACUAGAUUUGAUCUACUUGGAGACUUCGGAAGGUUUAACUGGCUGGGAAAUUUCUAUAUCGUAUUAUCCUACAAUUUGCUCUUUGCCAUUGUUACGACGUUGUGCUUAGUCAGAAAAUUCACCUCUGCCGUGCGAGAAGAACUCUUCAAGGCCCUAGGGCUCCAUAAACUUCACCUGUCCAACGCCUCACGGGAUUCGGAAACCACGAAGCCUUCCGCAAACGGCCACCAGAAAGCGCUCUGAGACCGCAGCCGGCACCGCCCGGAAGCACGCGCCGAGGCCCCUGCGGGCCCGGCCGCCCCGCGCGGAGCCUGGGCCUGCCCCGGCCGCUGAGGAUGGGCCGCUGCCGACCUGACGGUUCAAGGUGAACUUCUGGAUAGACCUCACGGCCUCCAGUCGCACCCAAGAUCCCUAGCGACCACGGGGAAGCCCACGGCAGAUGCGCGGCGGAAGGUUAGACGCGCACGCCCGAGACCUCGCGGGGCUCCGCUCUGCGGGGGGAAGCCCACGGGGGAGAGCCGCACCCCCGGAAGCCUCUCCUGGGAGUCGCGCGUUCCUUCUCUAGAGACUGCACGGACAGGUCACUACCGCAGUGAAGCUGAAUGAAUAGAAAGGAUAUUUUUUAUUUCCUUAGAUAAUAGUCAGUAGACUGAGCCAUGGGGAAACUACUAAUUGUUUAGGACCUGGGCCUUGGAGGAGAGCCCGGGGAGGCCUCCGGAUGCGAGGUGGGGACCUGGGGUCCAGGGCGCGUCACCCAGCCGACCUCUCCUAACACUGGCCGCCGUUUGGUGCCCUGGCAACUCAGAUGUUGCCUUCUAGGCUCUACGGAUUGCAAAGAUGACCCAAGUCCCCACGCUUCCGCGGUGCCCAUGACAAACACAAGCCGCGAGUGGUAGAAACCCCCCUCCCCUCCCUGCUUUAGGCUCCAGCUGCGUCUCGAUUUGACAGUUGAAGCAUCAGCUCAGCCCCAGAGGCCGAGGCCGGCG